AUGUUAAUCGGCCCAAUGAUAAAGUCACCGGUUCCGGCGGCCAGUUGCGGUAAAGUUAUUUCAAUUACUUUAACACAAGCAGAAAUAAACGAAAUCCUGAAAGUCCACAAUGAUGGACGAGCAUUGGUGGCAAGUGGCUGUGAAAAACGUGGGAAUCCUGGACCACAGCCAGCUGGUGUUAUUCCACCACUCAAGUGGGACAGCGAAUUAGCACAAGUUGCUCAAAGAUGGGCCAUUCAAUGCAAAUUCGGUCACGAUAGAUGCCGUGAUGUUCUAUCAAUUAAACAAAAUAUUGCAGAACGGUUCCAAGUUGGACAGAAUGUAGCCUUUCAAACGAAUAGCCGCGGACAUGAGGAAAAAUUGGCUGAAUUAGUUAAAACGUGGUACGAUGAAGUAAUGGGCUUUAACAGCAGCAAGGUUGAGAAUUACCCAUUUGACCUAUCAGCUGGACAUUACACCCAACUUGUUUGGGGCGAUACCACUAUCGUAGGUUGUGGUGCUAUAAGAUAUAUGGGUCGUAACAAAUGGUACAGUACCUACUUGGUUUGUAAUUAUGGACCCACUGGAAACUGGAUCGGUCAACCUGUCUACCAAACUUCAUGAUUUCGUUUACUUGAGACAUAUUUAGUCUCUAUUUGUCUUCAUAACUAAAAUAUUGUUAUGAUCAUAAUAAAAUACUAUUAUAAAAAUAUGUAUACUUUAUUUUUCCUGACUGCACGGACAAGUUCUAUACCAUAGUAACUUAUCAUUUGACAGAAUGUUACUUUAAAAUUAUUAUCAGCUGCACUAUACAAUGUAUUACUAGUGUCUUUGACCUCGUUUACUUGCGUCUACAAAUUAAAAUAUUUAUUUCUCUAUUCUGACAUGUCUUAUCAAACAAUCAAAGGCUAAAUAAUCUAAGAUAUAUCAAAAAUUUAUCAAUAUUCAAAUAUUUUCUUAUGAAUCACUGAUACCAAUA